CUUCACAUUGCUUCACAAAGGAGUGGGAAAAUGCUUCAGGAACAGAUGGAAGUGGAUAAAAUCAUGCUCACAGAUGCACCACUUCUAUUCCCUCCUGAGCAGUUGGCAUUGGCUGCUUUGCGUAGUGCAAAUCAGGUGCACAAAGUUGUUGACUUUGAGAGAUAUCUGAGGAGCACUCCCUCUCGUCAGAGUUCUGAACAUACCGUUUCAGAGCUAGUUGAAUUACUUAAUGCAAUAGAUUCUUGGGCAAGAAAAUACAAGUUUCCUUCAGACAAGGAUCUCAAGCACAUCAACCGAAAACUGAAAUCUUGUUGGGGUCUUAGUUCACAUGACGAAAGUACGAAGUGGGAUAAGAAAUCGAAGCACAAGUCGAAGAGGAGCUCAAAUGAAAUGCAACCUUGGCUCUAUCUUCCCCCUUAUUGUGACUGGCGGAAAAGGUGGUGAUGUUGGACUUCAUGAUUUCUGGUACAUUGCUACUAGAAGGAGUAAAAGGCACAGGCAUUCUGAUAUAGGUGAACAAGUCAUGAAGACAUCAUUGAAUUUUGAUAUGCAUCCUGGGAAUGCUACCAAGCUUGGGGAACAAAAUCAAAAUGGAAUGCUUUGGUAUAUACCAAAGGCUCACUCAGGAAGCAAAGAUGGAGAUGUUAAGCUUUGGGACGCCAAGAGAGCUAAGUUGGUAUAUCACUGGCCGAAAUUGCAUGAAAGGCACACAUUUUUGCAACCAAGCACUCGAGGCUUUGGUGGAAUAGUCCAGGAGGAGGUUUAGCCAUAAUCAGCUCAUGCGUCUAUUCAAUCGUCUUAUGACCAAGGUAUAUACGGUCUGGUUUAAGGAGAAAACACAAUAUUUUUUGGAUAAAUUUGAGUAUUCUCAGCUCUGGCAACAUCUUUGACUUGCUCUUAAUUGUGUAGAUAGAAAAGAAUGCCAUUUUAUCUGGCUGCAGUUAGAAUUGCAUAUUAGCAACGCACCUAGAGUGUAGAUAAAAAAGGGAAAGAUUGUAUUGGUUACUGAAAAUGUAUAAGAUAAUGACAAUGCAUUACUUAAAAAAAGGCAAUGUAUUCAAUUAUUAUUA